UAAUCCAAAAACGUCCAAUGAAUUGAAAUGCCACUUCCUCAAUGGGGUUUGCUAUGCCAGAUAUGACUCUGAUCCUACGCUACCUCUUAAGUACUAUAUUCAUUCCUACAUAGAAUUUCCCCACACUACUUCCAAAGUUUCUCAUGAAGUGGAAAAAGGAGACGAAAUUGAAAUCAACUACAGAAUGAUUGAGGCGGAUUCUUCACCAGAUAUCAAAUACCUCAGUCCUUCCCAGAGAAUGUGUAGGUUCGACGAUGAGCCUAUCACCAACGAUGUUACCGGAUACAGCCUCAGCAUAUGCUAUACGGUUUGUCGUUACAAACUGGCUCUCAAACUGUGUGGAUGUAAACCGUUCUUUUAUCAUUUUCUAGCUGAAGGAAAAGUAUGUGACAUUUCUGGUUUGAUCUGCUUAUCGAAAUACGCCACUCAGCUGACACGGGAACCUUCACAAUUAGGUUGCACUUGUCCACAGCCUUGUCAUUUGAUUUCCUAUCUACCUCUCAACCCGAAAUACACUAAAUGGAACGAAGGUGGUUAUUUUGACGAGAGAAUAGCCUUCCGAUGGGGUCUCCUUCAUCCUACUACCAAAUAUCGCAGAGAUAUACUAUUUGGAUUCGGCGACUUGAUUGUGUCUCUUGGAGGAACAUUCAAUCUCUUCCUGGGUAUCAGCUUCAUAAGUAUCAUCGAAGCGAUUUAUUUGAUUUUUAAAAUAGUCAUAAGAAGUAUUCAGGAUCACAAUAUGACAAAAAACCGUAACAAAAUCUUUGUUCAGAGAAAGCUGCCUCUUUCCUCUGUGGUUCAAUAAUUGAUAUCAGAAUGUAGCAAUAAAUGAUAUCUUAAAUAGUAAUGUGACGUAGGUAUAUUGUACGACGUAGUUCCCAAAUGUUAAGGAUAAAAAUAUUCUUUGUUAGACUCCUAAUUGCUGAGUAUUUCUUCAAGUUUUUACUUCUGAAGGUUGUCGUUCGUAAGGGUGCAACAGCUGGUUAAC